AAUAAUAAUCCAUAAAUUCAUCUAUCUGAUAUGGUUUCCUUCAGAAAUUUCGUUUUUUCGUCGUCACUUUUUCUGAUAGGGAGCCGUACUAAAAUGGUCGAGGCGAGCGCCAAAAUUGGCGUUAAUUUUCCGCCAUUUUUGAACUCUUCAUCCCGUACUUUCUUACCCUCAAGAACUGCUCUAACAUCCAAACUCAAACCCAAUACAUGGAGAACGAAGUCGCUGAAGCUAACUGCCUUUGUACCAUCUUCUCGUCUUACUUCUGCGGCUUUUAAUCAAACAGAUGAUGGGAAGUUUCAGCCAAGAAUUGAAGCUGAUAAUCCAAGAAAGGGAAGGGUUUUUUUCCUGGAUGUAAAUCCUUUAUGCUACCAAGGUAAUAAACCUAGUUUGCGCAAUUUUGGUCGCUGGGUUUCCAUCUUCUUCGAGGAAGUUAGCCACAGUGAUCCUGUUAUUGCUGUUUUUGAUGGGGAAGGAGGUAGCGAGCAUCGCAGGCUGUUGUUACCCUCAUAUAAAGCACAUCGGAUCAAAUUCACGAGACCACCAUCUUCACAAAGAUUUACAAAGGGAAAUUUUAGAACGUCAUACCAAGUGAUAAGAGAUGCUCUAAGAAGCUGUAAUGUUCCAGUUGUAAAGGUUGAUGGUCACGAAGCAGAUGAUGUUGUUGCUACACUUGUGGAACAAGUUUUGCAGAGAAGGGUUCGGGUGGUAGUAGCCUCUCCCGAUAAAGAUUUCAAGCAGUUGAUUUCAGAAGAUGUCCAACUUGUGAUGCCUUUGCCGGAGCUCAACAGAUGGUCCUUUUACACCAUAAGGCACUACCUAGCUCAGUACAACUGUGAUCCGUGCUCCGAUUUGAGUCUUAGAUGCAUUAUGGGUGAUGAGGUAGAUGGCGUUCCAGGAAUCCAACAUGUUGCUCCAGGAUUUGGUCGAAAAACAGCAUUGAAGCUCUUGAAGAAACAUGGUUCCUUGGAGAAUCUACUUAGUGCUGCUGCAAUCAGAACCGUGGGCAAACCUUACGCACAAGAUGCACUUACAAAGUAUGCUGAAUACCUGCGAACGAACUAUAAAGUUCUAGCCUUAAGGAGAGAUGUUGAUGUUCAAUUUCAAGAUGAGUGGUUAGUUGAAAGAGACAGACGAAACGAUUCGACUAUUUUAUCUAAGUUUGUAGAAAACAAUGAUAGAAACUUGCUCGUUCAACCAUCUAAACAGGUCUAAAUCCUACUAUGGGUGAAUACAUACAGGUAUAAAACUAGCUUAGCCUUUGUUAGAUUAUGAUUUUAUCAUGAUUGGGAAAUAUACAUACCUCCAUACUAUUAGUUGCUGAGAUUAGAAAAAAAAUGUAUUAUUUCUUUUCUUCUCAUAUGUUGUGGAAUGAACUAAUCUAUAUGCAAUAUCUCAGGUAUCGAGUAGUACACUGUUUUCACUCUAAACAAAUGUCUGUCAUUCAUUUGUUGAGACAGGUAACUGACAUCAUCAGGUGGGUUAAAAAAUAUUCUAAUCUAAUUUUGCCUGUACUUUACCUCCUUCCAAUUCCAGUUGAGUUGAGACAAAAACAAGAAAAGGUUGUUUCAGUGAUUGCAUUGUAAUCACUCAGAAAAGGGAAAGAAACAAACGUGGAAGGAAGGAAGGAAGGAAGGAAGAAGAAUUGAGAUGUGUGCCGCUUGUUUUGAUUUGGGUAAACAAAAUAAGAAUUGUGGUAAAACUAAGAGUAGUAGGAAGGGGAGAAUGUGCUGAAUUGUAUUCAGAUUCUUAAGGGAUAUCCUUUUAGAAACAGACAGAGAGACCCAAAUAGCAAAAGAUGUUUGUUAAUUUUUGCCACUUAUUAAAAAAAAACCAUAUCAUCUUACUUAUCCA